UCGGAGUAUGGACAUUAGUGGCAAUCUCAGUGGAGCGCUAUUAUGCAAUCUGCCAUCCGCUGCGUUCGCUGCGUUGGCAGACGAUAAGCCACGCUUACAAGCUCAUCAUCGCAAUCUGGCUGGGCAGUGUAGUCUGCAUGGGCCCCAUCGCCGUUCUCAGCCAACUCCAGCCGACCAAUCAAGGAAAUCACAAAUGUCGAGAAGAUUGGCCAUCACUGGACUAUGAAAAAGCGUACAAUUUGUUUUUGGAUAUAAUCUUGCUGGUUAUUCCAUUGGUUGUGCUGGCUGCUACGUAUUCUAUGAUUACAUACACUUUAUGCAGAGGAAUGAAGAGUGAAAAACUUGCUAAAGACAAUCAAUCUGGGACAAAAUUAAUUGAAGUAUAUGUAAAUAUCGACACGAACAGCAAACGUUGGACACGAUCAUCCACCCGCAACACAACCAGCCUCCGCCAGCUACGUCAAACCACCUGGUCACAAGAAUCCGCAUCACCCAUCGGUUCCCAACGCACCAUGACAGGCUUACGACGAUCAAACGCCGAACGUAGUCUACAAAAUAAAAAACGUGUUAUAAAAAUGCUCUUCGCCGUUGUCCUGGAAUUCUUCAUCUGUUGGACACCCCUGUACGUCAUCAAUACAAUCGUACUUUUUGACGCGUCCAUCAUCUACACGAAACUUGGCUACACGGCCAUCAGUUUUCUGCAGUUAUUGGCGUAUACUUCAAGUUGCUGCAACCCGAUCACGUACUGUUUCAUGAACUAUGCGUUCCGUAAAUCAUUUGUCAACUCGUUUCGAUGCUGGCGGCAUCGUGGAGGCGCCGGGCGCACCAAUCGUAAUCUGAAUCUGCUUAACGGCAGCGAAUUUAAUAUGAUGGAUUCGGGAGCCAAACCAAACAAGUGCAACGAGCAGUUAUGAUUGACGAGAUUGAACACGUAACGACGCGUGAUGAAACUGUAAAUAUCAUCAUAAAUUUACACAAAAUCGAAAUGAACAAUUCUGGGAAAUAAAAUUUGAUUUUUGCAUUUAAACCAUAUACAGGGUAUUCAAAAUUUUAAAUAUUAUAGUGGAUGUAUAUAUUAUUAC